AUUUCAUCGUGUGCACUGCAUGCUUCAAUGGCGACGACGAUGGCCGGCGACCAACACCACCGCCGGUCGCUGAUCUUCACGUACGGCACGCUGAAGCGGGGAUUCCCGAACCACCCGCUCAUGGAGGACCUCAUCCUCGCCGGCGACGCCGCCUCCCUCGGCCCCCACGCCACCCACCUCCCGCACCCGCUCGUCCUCGGCCCCUUCGGCAUCCCCUUCCUCGUCCACCUCCCCGGCCGGGGCCACCGCGUCCGAGGCGAGCUCUUCUCCGUCUCCCCCCGCGGGCUCGCCCGGGUCGACGAGCUGGAGGGCGUCGGGCGCGGCCACUACGAGCGGCUGCCCGUAAAGGUGGAGGCCGAGGGGGGCGGGGGCGGCGGCGGCGGCGUGGUGGAGGCGGAGGCGUACUUCGCGCACGCGAGCUUCGGGGAGGGGCUGUGGCGGAGGAGAGGGGAGGUGGGUAUGAGCGAGUACACGCGCGAGUGCGCAGGCGAGUACGUGAGGAGGUCGGAAAGGCCGAAAGGUUGGAGCUUUGUGGAGGGGGUGAGAGAGUUCGUGUCUUCUUCUUCUGAUUGAGAACCAAUUUACAGGUGGAGACAUGGGCAUCAAUUAAGCAACUUAAGGCAGCCUGCAUGUGAAGGAACAAGAGCCUUCUAACUUAUUUGUCUUGCCCAAAAGAGAAGAUUGUAGUAAUUUAGCUUGUUUCAGACUCCCUGAUUACAACUGAAGUUUCAUGCAAAGUAACAGAACAUAAAGACUUGAUGAUUCUGCCAAUUCUUUUCUCUCUUUCAUGGGAAUUGCAUUCUGUGUAGCUAAUUGGAAAAUGAUGAUUCAGUAAAGGUUCUUUGAACAUA